CGAUGGUUGCCAUGUCGGGCGGAGGGCCGGCGGCGGACGCGGGUGGUUACGGCCGCGGCGAGCCGCCGAGCCGUGGAGCGCCAGCCGCGCCUGCGAGCGGAGGCAGCAGCGCGUCGGAGGACGCGCUGUGGACGCGGUUCCGCCAGGCGAUCGUGGAGUUUGCAAAGCCUCUGCUGAGAGGCCCGUACGAGCGCAACGAGAUCUCUAAGGACGGCUUCCGGUCGGUCCUCAAAAAAACGGCGGAGAAGGUGGUCAAGUCGUUCCAGCGCGAGGGGCUGCCCCCGCCUGCCAACCCCGACAUUGCGGCCAACCAGCGCGCCAAGAUUACAAAGCUGGUCGAGGAGUACCUCAAGUUGGCCAAGCGCGAGGAGGGGUAGCGAGCUUCGCUGCUUGCCCCCCUCCCGGCGGCGCCGCCGCCGCCACCGCCGCGUGGGGGCUGAAGCAUGCGCAGCUUGUGGGACGCGGGGAUGGGUGGGUGUGCAUCUCGCGCCCUCGCACCCGAGUUGUGGUGCCUUGCGUGAAGACUCCGCGCACACACGCACCCGCGAGAUGAGCCCUGGCUCCUCUGCCACCCACCUCACCACACGCGAGAAUUGGGACCUCACAUGCCUGGUGACCGACUGCGCGGCUGUGGGCCCGCUUCUGUCUUCUUUCUCCGUGGCGUGUGGGUGUGGCUUGCUCCUUUGUCACAGAAACAUGCAAAAGAAAGAAAAAA